CGACUUAAUACAGUACAGUAUUACCUGAUCAAAGAGCUGGCCUACCGCAUGGGUAGUUGCUAAAUACAACGGGUUUUGUGGCGUGUUGGCAUGUAUUUUCAGUUAUUAGUGAGUCAGUUACCGAGUUUUUGAGGUAACCGUCUAAGCAGUAGUGCAAGUUCAUAGACGUCUACAUUUGGUUGCUCAACUUAAAAAGGGAACUUGAAGGGAUUUUAUAAAAUUAUGGCUGAGGAAAAUGUGGAAACGACAAAAGAAACUCCAGCAAGAAGCAGAGCAGAACGACGACAGCAGUGGUGGUCUGCGAGAAAAAAGGAAGAUGCUGUAGCCAUAGACGAAUCAACUGAAGUUAAUGUAGAAAAAAAUAAGAAAAAGAAGAAACAUAAGCAAGCUGAUCUUAAGAAAAAGCAUAAGCAUUACUGUCUUUUUGUCGGCAAUUUAUCAUACGAUAUAACAAAAGAAGAAAUUGAGAAGCAUUUCCUACCAGCGGGCACUGUGAAGGCUGUCAGGCUGGUUACUGACGUGAAGACUAACAAAUCACGAGGAUUCGCUUAUGUAGAGUUCAAUACAUCAGGUGACUUCAUGAAUGCGCUCAGUCUUCACCACACAGAGUUGAAUGGAAGAAAAAUCAAUGUGGAAAUGACAAUGCCUGGCAAGGGAACAAGUCAGAUGAGGAAGGAAAGACUGAAAUGGAAAAAUAAAUCCAUGGAUAGAUUCCGACGGAAAAGGACACAUGGAAAAUCUGGUCAUGGCAAUAGAUAGAUAAAUGGGACAGUUGUUAUUGUGAACUCUUACUCUCCCUCACAAUAGAGGUUUGCGAAUGGAUUACAGCCCAUCGUUGUCCGCCAUUGUAUGGCUUUGUAAUUCUCAGAAAAAUUCUUGUGAGAUCAACUUGUAAGGUGUUGGAAUGUAGCAUUGCUAUUUCUUGUACCUUGAAGUUUAAUACCAAAAAUUUUGGUAAUCUGACAGGAAGAAGGUGGAGCCGCCUCCUUGAAGGACAAGCUGAUUGAUCUCCAAAAUAUGGAGGUGGUAAUUUAAAGAUAUAAUUUGCUAUAGGAGGCUAACAACAGUGGAUCCAGGGGCUUGAAAAUAGGGGUUAGAAGAAGAAUUGACUGGUUUAGCGCAAAUUUGUAGUUUGACAUUGUAACAAAGUUGAUUUGUAAUUUAGGCAGUCAGAGAUUAAACAUUUCAUUUUCCGGGGACAAUACAUCUUUAAAGGAAAUUCACAAUUUUUGAGUUUAAACAUAUGAAGAUAGGAUGUACCUAUCCAUUACAUCCGUUUAUAGCAGUAAAAUAUAUUAUAACGGUAUAUUAAUUAAUGUGAGCCUAAGUUAGGAACUCUGUUAGAAACCACAUUUCUGUAGUGAAAUUCAUCAUUAUAAAAUCUGUAUAGACCAUUUUAUCGAUUUUGAAACAGUGCCGCCAAUGUCUCGCAACUCAAUGGGGGACUUCCAGCGACUUAGCCUAGCCUGAGCAGAUAGCUAGUGUCAAAUAGAGCGCCGCGCGCACACUGUUAACAUAGCACAAAGUAUGUAGGCCUCUGGAAGUCCCCCCGGGUUAUCGGAAACUUUCAUUUCAAAUUUCAUGAAAAUUGUCCUGUAUCAUCAAAAAUUAAAUUAAGCCCAGUCCAGAAUAUCAAAUUUUAUUUGACAAAAACAUGACAUGCCUGUAUGUGGUCAUAACGACAUCACGCCAUGAGCAUUUAGGCACAUCAUGACUAUAUAUGGGCAUACAACAGUUUUUUUGUUUAAGAACAUUUGAUAAGCUGGGCAGAGCUUUACAAUUUGUCACACUUUGAAAUUUAAUUUCUCAUUUGAUGCUUUUUAAAUGAGCUGUUCAUUAUUGGAAACAGAACAAUAAUGUAAAUUGUACUGUGAGAGUGGUGGUAAUUUGGAGCUUUCAGUGUUGAGGACGGGGGUUACAACCUUUUGCUAUGCAUUGUGCUGGUGUUCUUGGGUAAAGAGCUGUCCAGGUUAUCAAAUUGUCCUUGACAAAAAACUUUUGUAUGGCCAUAUACUAAUGAUGUGCUUAUAUAUUAUAUGGUCAUUAGAAUUUGAGUCUAGUUUUUCUGCAAAAACAGAACCGAGAAUGUGUUCCAUGGGCAUUUGAUCCAAUGGCCAGGGUAUUAAUGUGAAGCACAGAAGAGUUGUUGCCAUGUUUGCUGUAUUAUCUGUGUCAUCAUUGUCAUUUAAGACUCAGCAAUUGGAGUUAUAUUAGAUAUGAGAAUAUUAUGAGCUCUUAGGAUUAUACAUUAGUAACUCGCAUCAAUGAUUUUUAUCUUUGAUGAUAAAUGUGUAGGAAAAUACAUAAUGUAUUUUCUUUAAUUUAUCUGAAUAAGAAAAAAAAUAAAUUCAUGAAGAUACUGUAAACAUUUUUAGUUGCAAUUAUUUUUUUUAUGAUUAGGUUCAACGCUAGCCUCAAAGCGCAAGCUUGGAGGUUUAGUAGUUCACACCAGGUUUGUUAUCUGGAGGUUGUGGAUUUGAUUCCCAUCUGAUUCACUUGCAAGGAUAAUAUUAUUUGGGAACAUACCUAGCAUUCUGUGUAACAUGUCAAGUAGAGCAAAAUGUCAUUCGUACAACCUUAGAGAGCCAACAUUGAAACUAGAAUGGAGAAUUACAAACUACUGUACCAAUUAACCUCUGGACUGCAAAUUCUCUAUCAGAUUUUUUUAAAACAAACUUAAUUGAAGCAAGGUUUUUAAUUAAUAAUCCCUGAUGGUCGUAACAAAUUAAUUUUAUUUUUAUUAAGAAAUGUUGAUAUUGGGUGCAAAGACACUGUGCCAUGAAUGUUCCCUUGGAAUGAAUACCAGCGCGCUACAAAUGCUUGAUAUUGUAUUAUUGCAUUUGCAUUGUUGAUCAAUGUUGACAAAUUCAACACGCACGUCUAACUAGUAUAUUAAUCGUCAAUACUGUAUUCCCUCGAGACAAAUACGCCCUAGCCAGUAAGCACCCUCAAGAAAAAUCAAGGUUGUGUUGAAAUGUAGAGAGCAAGGUUUAAAUUUGUAUGUGUGAAUGUAGUGACCUCAGUAGAAGUUUACCAGAUUGACUUGCAAUUUAGCAACCACUCGCACAUCAUUUUGUUCGAGUUUUAGUAAUCCUUUUGCAACAGUACCAACAUUUUACUGGUUCCUUGGAUCUUGCAUCAAUCUAAUCCAAUCAGAAAAUUUUUAAAGCGCCUUUCUUUGCAGAUACGUAAUGCUGCACCCCACAUACUUAGGCAUCUCACAACCCACAGGCAGCUGUGAUCAUUGCCUAAA